CGCCAUAUAAGCUGCGCGUACGCUCAAACCGGCACACGUGCUUUGUAACACACGACGAGCGCACGCCAGCCAUGCUCGCUAAGGUAGUUCUGUUAUGUUGCGCGUGUGCCGGGGCGCUGGCGGCGCCGGGCAUCUACGGCGGCGUCGGGUACGCCGCGCCCGCCUACGCCGCGCACGUGGCACCAGCCAUCGCUGCGCCGGCCAUCGCGCACUACGCCGCCCCAGCCAUCGCUGCGCCGGUUAUCCGAGCGGAGCCUGUAGACCCUAACCCAGCCUACAGCUUCUCGUACGGCGUGUCGGAUCCCCACACCGGCGACCAGAAGGACCAGCAGGAGACGCUGCAGAACGGCGUGGUGCACGGCUCCUACAGCCUGGUGGAGCCCGACGGGCACCUGCGCCGCGUCACCUACACCGCCGACAAGAUCAACGGGUUCAACGCUGUGGUGGAGAGGACAGGCGGUGCUCACGCGGUAAGACAUCUUGAUUACUCUCCGCUAAGGGCUCAAUGAUAUUUGAACGGCGUGGUGCACGGCUCCUACAGCCUGGUGGAGCCCGACGGGCACCUGCGUCGCGUCACCUACACCGCCGACAAGAUCAACGGGUUCAAAGCUGUGGUGGAGAGGACAGGCGGUGCUCACGCGGUAAGCCAUCUUGAUUACUCUCCGCUAAGGGCUCAAUGAUAUUUGAACGGCGUGGUGCACGGCUCCUACAGCCUGGUGGAGCCCGACGGGCACCUGCGUCGCGUCACCUACACCGCCGACAAGAUCAACGGGUUCAAUGCUGUGGUGGAGAGGACAGGCGGUGCUCACGCGGCCCCCGUAGCCGUAGCGCCCGUGGCCAAGGUAAUUGCUGCGCCUGCGCCAGUCGCCGUGGCCGCCCCCGUCGCACGAUACACCCUCCCCGUCGCCGCCGCCCACCCCUGGGGCUAAACCCCCCCGCUGACCCACCCCGUUGUAUUGUCGACCGAGGUAUAGAGCCUGGAAAACCGUCCCGGACCUUGUCAAUUCCAGAUAAAAAUUUGGAAUUUUUUAGGGUCCUUAUUUUUGAUAUAGGAAUGUUUUUAGCAGUUGAUAGUAUUAUUAUGUUGGUAAGAAAAGAACAGCCCUCGUCCUCAAUACAGCGCCGCCACUGGACCUCGCACGAACGCACGGAACUACAAAUUGAUUGUUUAUUUAUUUCGUACUGCUUUGACUGUUGCCUACGGACUUGAUCUUGACGCGUUGUAUUACGUAUUUAAUGUAAAUAUAAUGUAUAGUUUUAAAAAAUAAAUAAAAGCAUUUUUUGCGGUA